AUAUAUAAUUAUAUUAUAAUCUUGAAAAAUAAAGAAAUUUUAAGAAUCUUAGCUUGGGGGUUGGAGAGUUAAGAGCACUUUGCUCUUCCAAUGAACCUGAGCUUGGUUCCCAGCGCCCACAUGAGGUAGCACUCAACCCCCUGUAGCUCCCCCUUCAGGGAAUUCAGUGCCCCUGGCCUCCACAGGCACCUGCUUUCACACCCACAUACCCCCACACACACAUAAUUUAGAAUUUUUUUAAAUUUAAAAGUCUUAACUUGGUGAAGCCCAAAAGGAGGGGACAGGGAAGGGAUGUCUCAAGGGUAAGAAUCUCAAGCCAGACUUGUUGCUACAUAGGAUGGACCUGCUGCAGAGAACUUCCAUUACAGCCCAGUGAGAUAGUCAGCUGCCAUUACACUGUUAGUGUCGAAGGAGACCAGCCUCAUGUUGGCCACAGGAAGAGGCCCAGAUAACCAUAAGGGUUACUCCUUUCCUUCCUAUAGUUUAAUAUGAACAGCAAGACUUUAUAUUAAUGACUGUUAUGCAAAAGGAACAGUACUUGUCAAAAUACUGUAUAAACAGAGAGGUUGUUUAUGAAAGUAGGAACUGCCUAGAGUUUUUCCUGAUCCUAUAGACCAGAGAUGGUCCCAGUCAUGGGAGACCCAUGUAAUAUGUCUAGCCAGCCUCCUCAGAAACCCCUAAGUCAUCAGCUGACACAUGUUUGUACAGUUUCCAGGACCCUUGGGUGGGGGAUUCCUGGUCUCGGUGAUUUUGGCUGCAAACCUUGGCACUGGCUCCUAGAGAUAGCACGGGGCCCUUCUUAUCUCUUGGAACCUUCUUGAACUUGGGACUGCCCCAUGAGCAUGAUCCACAUUGACCGUCGGUAUUUAAGCCCUGUGUGCUUCUGGGGACUCACAUGAGUGCAGAGUCUCAGAAUGGACAUUCUGCCUUGGGGAGCUUGCUGGUAGAGAGACUGGUGGACCCAGGACUGGCUUCUCCAUCUCCUUCCUCACCACUUGCUGUUAUCGACGGUGGCCCUCUGGCCCCCUCUGCUGACCGACAGGAUUUCCUACUGGGACUGCACAGAUGAAGUCCAAGGAAAAAAGGACUGCUGGUGACAAGGGAGAUCUUGUGGCCCUGAGCCUCCCCUCUGGCCCUGGCCAUGGUGACACUGAUGGCCCCAUCAGUCUGGACGUGCCAGAUGGAGCGCCCGACCCCCAGCGGACUAAAGCUGCCAUUGACCACCUGCACCAGAAGAUCCUGAAGAUCACCGAGCAGAUCAAGAUCGAGCAGGAGGCACGGGAUGAUAACGUGGCGGAGUACCUGAAGCUGGCCAACAAUGCGGACAAGCAGCAGGUGUCGCGCAUCAAGCAGGUGUUUGAGAAGAAGAAUCAAAAGUCGGCCCAGACCAUCGCCCAGCUGCACAAGAAGCUAGAGCAAUACCGCCGGCGUCUGAAGGAGAUAGAGCAGAAUGGGCCCUCGCGACAGCCCAAAGAUGUGCUACGUGAUAUGCAGCAAGGGCUGAAGGAUGUGGGCGCCAACAUGCGUGCUGGCAUCAGUGGCUUCGGGGGUGGCGUGGUGGAGGGUGUAAAAGGCAGUCUCUCUGGCCUCUCGCAAGCUACCCAUACUGCAGUGGUGUCCAAGCCCCGGGAGUUCGCCUGCCUCAUUCGCAACAAGUUCGGCAGUGCCGACAACAUUGCCCACCUGAAGGACCCUAUGGAAGAUGGGCCCCCCGAAGAGGCAGCCCGGGCACUGAGUGGCAGUGCCACGUUAGUGUCCAGCCCCAAGUACGGCAGUGACGAUGAGUGUUCCAGCGCCAGUGCCAGCUCGGCUGGGGCGGGCAGCAACUCUGGGGCUGGGCCGGGAGGUGCACUGGGGAGCCCUAGAUCCAACACUCUUUAUGGUGCCCCUGGAAAUCUGGACACUCUGCUGGAGGAGCUGCGGGACAUCAAGCAGGGCCAGUCUCACCUGGAGGACUCCAUGGAGGACUUGAAGACUCAGCUGCAGAGGGACUACACCUACAUGACACAGUGCCUGCAAGAAGAGCGCUACAGGUAUGAGAGGCUGGAGGAGCAACUGAAUGACCUAACUGAGCUCCACCAGAAUGAGAUGACCAACCUAAAGCAGGAGCUAGCCAGCAUGGAGGAAAAGGUGGCCUACCAGUCCUACGAGAGAGCCAGAGACAUCCAGGAGGCCGUGGAGUCCUGUCUGACUCGGGUCACCAAGCUGGAGCUGCAGCAGCAGCAGCAGCAAGUGGUGCAGUUAGAAGGUGUGGAGAACGCCAACGCACGCGCUCUGCUGGGCAAGUUCAUCAACGUGAUCCUGGCACUCAUGGCCGUGCUGCUGGUGUUUGUGUCCACCAUUGCCAACUUCAUCACGCCCCUCAUGAAGACACGCCUACGUAUCACCAGCACCGCCCUCCUGCUCCUCGUCCUCUUCCUCCUCUGGAAGCACUGGGACUCGCUCACCUACCUCCUGGAGCGUGUGCUGCUGCCCAGCUGAGCAGCUGCUAUUCCGCACUGUGCUCUCUGGGUUCCACGGGCCACACAUCUCCAGGAGGGCCUGGGACUCCUGAGUCCCUUGGAUUUUGUCACAUGUCCUGUUUGGCCUCUUGCCCAAACUCCCCCUUUGGCAGCUCCUGCCCCUUCUCUGCACUGCAUCUGUUUGACACCAUCUCUUUUAGCCUGAAGGUUGCUGGGGAGAUGGGGGGGGGGGUCGGGGCUGGAGGAAGUGGAGACACUCAUGGCCAAAUGGAGCAAGGGAGGACACCAGGGCUGCACUGUUUGAAUUAUUUAGUCACGUGGGACUUUUCUGGGCUGACCUAAGGAUGUCCUAGGUCAUGAAGGCCCCUAAGAUAUAAGACCAGUCUCAGUUUCCCUAGGAAAGAGCCCAUCCUGGGGGUAGCCAUAGUUUCCUCCCACAGAGAUGGUCUGUCUGGAUAUAGCCAGUGGGAGGCUGUGCUGACUGAGUCCAGGAAGGGGAGGGUCCCCAGCCUUGGGACCAGAGGGCAGGCUUGACACAGCCCCCUAGGCGCUCAGCCUGCCCUACCCCUGCUCCUCUCCUCACUGAGCUGAUUUGAGACUGGUUUCUGGAGGCUGGGUGAGGUGUGGCUUUGGAUUUGUGUUUUCUCUGCCCAUCUUUCUCCCUUCACUGGGUGUGCUGUUUUCUGAAAAACAGGCCCAAGUGCCCUGAGCCUCUAACCCAAACCUUUAGGCCUCUGGGAUCAAGCUGAGUUCUAUUUAUUUAUUUAUUUAUUGACUUAUUUAUUUGUUCCUACCUUUCCCUUGCUUCUGCCCAGCUGGGCUCCAGGGAGAGGACCUGCCCAAUCUCCCUCUGCAGCCAGGGCUUAUUCUUGGCUCACCACACUCCAGACCAUGUACCCUCUGAUGUUUCUGGCUGAAAGAAGGGGUACGUGGCCACCCAGCCGGCUCUCCCAAGCAGCCCCACCAGAUGGGUGGGAGAACCAUGGCCUCUUUUAUAUAUACCUAUUUAUUUUAUACGUGUGUCUUUGUGGGGGAAUAGGAUGUUUGUUGAUUUACUUCUUUAAGGCUCUGGAGUGUUGCAUACGAUUCUGUACAGCCCAGCCUCCCGUGGGCCCUUCCAAGCACAGUAGAGAUUUCUCGGGAUGGGAGAGAGGAACCCGUGAAGCAGGAGAAGCAGUGCCUGCCAGCUGUGGUGGACCUUCCUGAGAAAUAAAUAUCCUCUACGUUUUC